CACUCUCUAAUGGCCACAAGCAGGACCACCGAGAGACCGGCGUUGCCCACCUCAAGUGAGCCAGCAGCUGCUCGCCAUCUGAAUGGACUGUGCAAAUAUGUGGUGGAGAAGAGACUUCAGAAGAGCCUGGAGAAGACGUGUGUGGAAGUGAUGAAGGGCGCCAAGGUCCCCAGAAACCCGUACCCCGUGUUCGUCCAGAGGGCCCGCCAACAGGCCGAACGAAUCCGACUUUCUUCCUGGACCAUCCCAGAGGGAUUCCAAAGCUCCACGACCUUCCCCACUGAGCCCACCGCUCUUGGACACGUCGCAGGCUCUAAGGGUUUUUCCCACGUCUGGGGCCACCCGGUGGUCCUCCGCUGUGUCUCCCCACCUGCCAUCGAGCGGGCCGCCUGGCUGAUUGAAGACGUCACGCCGCCUCUUUCCAUUCUGCGCUGCGGCCAGCCCUACACGAUCCAGGUGCUCCCGGCCCUCACUGGCCCGUCCAUCUUCUCAGACACCCUCUUCCCUGCGCCCCACGAGCUCGCCAUCCUCCAGCUGUACGUGAUCGCCGGCCCAGACCCAGAGCGAGCCUCGGCGCUGUACGCGGAUUGUGUCCUCGGCGACGUCCUCCGCACCGUCCAGCAGGGCCGCCACUACUUGCUCAGGGUGAAAGUGCCGUCCAGUUCCGAAGGACACUUUGACCUGUUCAAUAAGGAGGAGGUGGAAGCCCGCAGGUCGGCCUUCUUGUCCGGCGUCCAAAGGUCCUUGAAGACGCAGCUCCCCGUGCAGGCCGACUGUGUGUGGAGGACGGACCCCCAGGGCGCGGCCUUCCAAGGAGGAGUUAAGCUUUACAGCCUUUGUGUCCUUCAGACGUCAGAGACCCUGAGAGGAGAAAAGGUCCUGGACUUUUCCGAGUGUCCCCUCAUCCACUUGUACUCCAGUGUGUUCCUCCAUCAAGCGCACGCGGAGGCUUAUGUCCGGAUGUUCCUGCCAGCAAAGGGGCACCCUGGCCCCACAGGCAAGUGGCGUUCACCCCCCUGUAAGGCCUAA